CGUUCUCCACCAGAUCGAAGCUCAGGUUACUGCACCCGUGGCCUGUGACCGUAAGUUGUGGCUAGCUUUUAUCAGCAGAUAGGUAGGUGGGCCGGGUGAUGCAAGAUCCUGCAGAUAAAGAUGUAGCAGUGCAUAUAUACGAGGUAGAGAGAUAGACCGGCCAUCCCAUCCCUCUUGCCACCGGUUCCCUCCUCUGCAGCCACCAAAGCCCUGCUUCCCGGAGGCCAGAGCUGCAACGACCAUGGCGGCCGUCCCGGUGUACAGCAUCACGAGGGCGGAGAUCGACGAGUUCUGGAGGAGGAAGGAGGUGGAAGAGGAGGAGCGCCGCCUCGCUGCCGACAAGGAGGCUGCAAGAAUUAAAGCCAAGGCGCUCAAGAUGGAAGACUAUGUGCUCUUCGAGCAGAUGAUCAGGGAGAUCCUCGAGGAGGGGAACACAGGAGGUGGGGCAACCAUGGGGCCGGCUGCUGCCGGUAGCACUGAGGCACGGAUCAUUGGCAUCAAACACUGGUGGACAAGAAGUGCUUAUGCUUAUCUGAAUGCGCCUGCACUGUCCAUGGAUGAAAACGGUGGAAGCAAGCAUGCUAUCACAUAUAUUCCGCAGGAGAGAUGCACCAUGUUCUUCACAUCAACUCCAUGUCAGCCAAAUUCCACUGCUUGUGCGAUCUUUUAGGCGUUCAUGCCAGGGAAAUGCUGGGAUGUUGGGAAAUCAGGAAAGAUGGAUGUGAUUAUGUGUCGGUUAUACUUUGGGUCGAAUAAGUUGCACAUAUUGUUAACAAUUUGGUGUUUAAUUGUAUAAUAUCUGUCUUCCAGUACUACUUACCAGAUCAUGUAACAAAUAUUGAUAACCAUGUUGCUUCACAUAUAAAGUAAGAUCGCUGCUAAUGAGAAAUUGUCUAAAC